AUGCGAGCCGACUUUUUAUCCCUCAACAUGGCUAAGCUACUAGCCUUGCUACUGGUCAUCAUGCCUUUCCUUCUCGCCAUUGAAGCGCACGGCUCUCACCCCGACACGCUUUCCAUGCAUCUUCGUAUGACAAAACAGCGCCGCAUCGAAUCACGAAGCUUUAUGUCGUGGCUGACUCGCAUCUCGUCCAAGGCAUCUGAUUGGAUCUUUGGCGACGUCUCCGCUCCGAAGAAGGAUGAAAGCUUGAUUCCCAAGCCUGUUGUGGGCGGUGUUCCUGUGCUGCCCAAGAUGCCGUAUCCGUAUGCAAGUGGUAUGGUCCCCCGUCUUGCCAGUGAGACCCUCAAUGGCAACGGUUUGGUGGGUGGCUGGAUAUGUAUGCAUGUCACUCCCCCAACCGACGACAGUGCCGGUGCUGGUGCCGGUGCUGGUGCCGGUGCUGGAGGUGCUGAUGGCUCGGCUGGCGCGAGUGGUACAAGCGUUGGCGGGUUCAACGACCGUGGGGCCGGAGGUUCUGGUGCAGGCGGGUCCUAUGACGGAGCUGCCAGAGGCUUCACUGGUGGUGCUGGCGCCAACCCUGCUUUCGGCGGACAGCAGGGCGUGAACCCUGCUACCGGCGGGUACUACGUUGGUGGCGGCGCUGGCGGAGCUGGUGUUGGGGGCCAGCAGACCACUGGCGGGUACUACGUUGGUGGCGGCGCUGGCGGCGCUGGUGUUGGGGGCCAGCAGACCACUGGCGGGUACUACGUUGGUGGCGGCGCUGGCGGCGCUGGUGUUGGGGGCCAGCAGACCACUGGCGGGUACUACGUUGGUGGCGGCGCUGGCGGCGCUGGUGUUGGGGGCCAGCAGACCACUGGCGGGUACUACGUUGGUGGCGGCGCUGGCGGCGCUGGUGUUGGGGGCCAGCAGACCACUGGCGGGUACUACGUUGGCGGCGCUGGCGUUGGGGGCCAGCAGACCACUGGCGGGUACUACGGUGGUGGAGCGGGCGUCGGAGGUGGGGCUGGAGGCGGCAUGAUGGGCGGCGGAGGUGCCCUGAACGAAGCGGGAGGAGGCACCGUCCCAGCCGGAAAAAUCCGCUACAACGGCCAGCUCAUGACCAUCGAGCAAUACCAGCAAGCUAUUGCCUCCACUGGCUCCUCCUCUCCCAGCCUUUCCCGACGUGAACUCCUCCAAGCCGAAACCGCCAACAUUAUGGUCGACUCGCUUCUGCACAAACGCCAAUCUUUUGACACGGCUCCCGCUGCUCCUAAGAAGCAAGCCAAAGUCCUCAUGUGCAUCAAUGGCGACCCAGCUAUUCCUCCCAUCAAGUUCAACACUAUGACAGGCUUGCGCAUCCGUGAUGCCUCUGAAAAGAAGGACGGCGUGGUCGCUAUUACUAAUCUACCCAACUACCAGAUGCCCUGGAUGCCGUUCUUGCCCACCGAGGAAAUGUGGGCCGAACAGCAAACCCUAAUGUUGGAACAAGAGAAAAUGAUCGAGCAAAACAUGACCACUGCCCCCCCUCCGAAGCAAUAA